UCCGGCCCACGUGGGGCGCGCGCGCACAUGGCCGCGAACAUGUCCCCGGACGAGGAGGAUGUGCAGCGGCUCCUGAUCCAGUUCCGGGAUGAAGCUGGGGAGUGCCUGGGCUCCCCGUUYGACGUCCCGGUCACCAUCACCCCGGACAAGCUGCAGCUGGUCUGCAAYGCCCUCCUGCAGAAGGAUGAGCCGGUGCCUCUGGCCUUCUUCGUCCACGAUGCCGAGAUCGUGGCGUCGCUGGAGAAGACCCUGGCAGGGCAGAGCGUGGAGACAGAGAAGGUCCUGGACAUCAUCUACCAGCCGCAGGCGGUGUUCAGGGUGCGGGCAGUGACACGCUGCACCAGCUCCCUGGAGGGACACACUGAGGCCGUCAUCUCGGUGGCUUUCAGCCCCACCGGAAAGUACCUGGCGAGCGGUUCUGGAGACACCACAGUCCGCUUCUGGGACCUCAGCACRGAAACACCGCAGUUCACGGCCAAAGGUCACCGGCACUGGGUGCUCAGCAUCGCUUGGUCUCCUGAUGGCAAGAAGCUGGCCUCGGGCUGCAAGAACAGCCAGAUCUUUCUCUGGGACCCAGCCACUGGCAGCCAGAUCGGCCGGGUGCUCUCUGGCCACUCCAAAUGGAUCACRUGUCUGUGCUGGGAACCGCUCCACAUAAAUCCAGAGUGCCGUUACCUGGCCAGUGCCUCCAAGGAUGGCAGCAUCCGCAUCUGGGACACGCUGAUGGGCAGGUGUGACAAAAUCCUCACGAGCCACACGCAGUCAGUGACCUGUGUGAAGUGGGGAGGAGAUGGCUURCUCUACUCCUCCUCCCAGGACAGGACCAUCAAAGUCUGGAGGAGCCAGGAUGGGGUCCUGUGCCGCACGCUGCAGGGCCACGCUCACUGGGUGAACACCAUGGCCCUGAGCACUGACUACGUUCUCCGCACCGGUGCCUUUGAGCCGGCCGAGGCCACCAUCAACCCCCAGGAUGUCCGAGGCUCCUUGGCAGAACUGAAGGACAGGGCACUACAGAGGUACAACCAAGUCCGGGGCCAGGAACCAGAAAGGCUCGUUUCAGGGUCAGAUGAUUUCACCCUGUUUCUUUGGAGACCAGCAGAAGACAAGAAGCCACUGGAGAGAAUGACAGGCCACCAGGCAUUGAUUAACCAAGUCCUCUUCUCACCAGACACHCGGAUAAUAGCUAGUGCUUCCUUUGACAAGUCCAUAAAGCUCUGGGAUGGUAGGACGGGAAAGUACCUGACAUCACUGAGGGGCCACGUCUCGGCGGUGUAUCAGAUCGCCUGGUCAGCCGACAGCCGCUUGCUGGUGAGCGGCAGCAGCGACAGCACCCUCAAGGUCUGGGAUGCCAAGACAAAGAAACUGGCCAUCGAUCUGCCUGGCCAUGCAGAUGAGGUGUAUGCAGCAGACUGGAGCCCGGAUGGACAGAGGGUAGCGAGCGGAGGGAAGGACAAGUGUUUGCGGAUAUGGCGUCRAUAGGAACAGUGACAUGGAGCUGCUGGUCCUGCCCUCAGCACAAUCCUGGGAGAUUUCCAAGGUGAUGGAUGACAGAGGUUGACCCAAGCACRGCUCCAUGUUCCAACACACAGCUGGCAACUCUCCCUCAUGGACUCUUUCCUUAUAUUUAUUUAAGGAAAUUUCAAUUUUAGUUCUUAUUAAGACUGUGCAUUGCAGGACGAUUUCCUCUGAACAUCACAGGAGGGGUAUCUCAUCUGCCUCCAUCUCCACUGGCUUUUUAUUGGAAUUUCAGCCUCACAGUAGCCACUGGCCUGAAAAGGGCAAGCAAAGGGUGGAGAUGGCUUGUGCUCCUUCUUGCUGUGUGAAGAAUCCUGUGGAGAAGAGGGUUUUAGUGGGAACAGAAAGGGUUGUCCUUGUGUGGCCUUCAGAGAGCGAGAAAUGGGAAAAUUCAGCACAUCAUUACAUUGCAGAAUUGUGCUCGGCUGCAUGUCUGGGACAAAGAUCUGCUGGGAAUAAGGACUUGGGGCUUCUUGUUAUUCCAAUAAGGUUUUGCUUUUCCACACAGCCUGUGGGCUGUGCUGAGCAUUAUCUGCCAGUGAUCCUCUGCAUCCACAGCACAUAACUCCUUCAUUAAUCUGUYCAGGGUGCAACAGGCAUGGACUUCAAAUGGCUUCUGGAGCUSUGCUGAGUUUUCAGGUCUCAGCAGUUCUUGGGAAUGGGGAAAUCAGACACUCGUGCCUCUGAGCAGGGCAGAGAGUUUCCAUUUCCCGUCCACCACUGGCCUGGGGGGAAGGAAGGAUAGGGUGGGGAAGGGGAAGAAUGGAGCAGCCACUUUGGGUGGUGUCCCUUGCCCUGGAUAUGUGCUGACAGCAGGGCUGGGACUGGCACAAAAAUGGCAAUACUUCAUUGCACGGAGCUGGCUCCUUCUGGAAUUUCUCAAGUGCAUUUACUUGCCCAGUGGGUGAGAGGGAUUCACACUGUCAGUUGGAUAUUUGUAAGUUUGCUUAUGAGCCUUUUUAUCAGUCAGUUCAGGCUUCCAGCCAUCAUGAGGCGAAUAGACCUGGAGUUAGUGUUUAUUUCCAGGAUGCUUAUGAAACAGUGAAAAUCAAGAUGUGAUUAAUAAGGAGCAGAAAUUAUACUGUCAGAUUUAGUUGCAGCAAGUCACCAUGAAGGUCAGAAUAUUCUCCACAGCUCUCAUACUGCAGUUCCUACUCAGUGAUUACUACAACUCUGAACAGGAGUUUGGGAUUCAAAUGCUUCCCAGCUGCAGAAAAUGCAUUUUAGGACUUUAUUUCUGCUUUCAGGAUUGCUUUGRAGAAUUAAAGUUGUGCAGUAAUGGCCAUUUGCUUGUCUGCAAGUGUUCAGAUGAGCAAAAGGCUGGAACAAAGAGUUAAAUCUUUAAUAUAAUCGAGAAGACGAUUUGUGGUACCUGUUGCUGUUAGUAUCCCUUUCUGCCAGCCAGGUCAGCAAGGAUCUAUCUUCAUGGAAUCUCUUGGGAAGACCUCAGUACCCCAUUACCUGCUCUUUCAUUAGGGUGCUUCUUCCAGCUGGUUCUUGCUGAUGGUGAAGGCCACAUUGCGUCCACCUACAUAAACAAAACCUUUCGUAAUUCACUAAGGUAAAYGUUGUGGGACAGGGUGAUUUAAAACCAGCUGAUAAUUCUGCCCUUGGGAAGAAGAGGAGCAGGUCAGUGGUAACAGCCAUGAAGCCUGCCUCAUCUCCAAGUUUUUUGGGGUGCCUGUGCUAAAGGAAGCAAUCCACUCUUGGGAGUUCAGCUCGGUGUCCCCAAGUCUGAYUUGCUGGAAGUGACAGCUCCUGGUUGCGCUCGGCUUUUCCUGAGUGAAGAAUAUCAUUCUCUGUCUCCUCCUCUGGAGUGCUGUACUGGGUCACUGUGCCCUGUCAAUCCACGGUGUGUUUUGUGUUGGAGGCAGGGAUGUAUCAGAGCUGUGGGAACUGUGUACAUGUGUGGGUGUACCUAAAAAAUCAGUGCACCUUGUCCACUGAUUUCCAAACCAAAGCAAUCACUGUGGCCUCUGACUGUGCUCCUGCCAUCCCUUCAGACUCUGCUUCUGUGAGAUAAAACCUGAUUAAAACCCACCUUUCAAAUGCUGGAGCAGAAAGGUUUUCCAAAGRAAAGCAAGACCUCUUGAAGAAAGGGCUUGCAACUAAGUUUACACCAGAAUAAGCUCUCAGCCUUAAUCUUCCUUUGAUCUGAUAGCGGGUAGAUUUUUGAACCACGCUCUCUGAUGGGUUUGCAUGUAAACCAAAUUGUAUUUUCUUAUCUAAGCAUCUGCUGCUAUUUUUACCAUUCAUACAGCACCAGCCUYCAUGCAUACUAAGUGCUGGCCCAGCUCCAGCUGUAUUCCUGAGCAAUUCCGUAGCACUCCUCCCUCCCAGUUUGAUUUGAAUGCAGCAUUUCCCGGGCCUGGCUGCAGUCUCCUGCCUGCUCAAGCACUGGGGAAGGAAGAGCUGCUGCCCUUCCCUCCAGAGCUGGCUCCUGCUUGGCAGGAGCUGCAGCGAGCGCGUGACCUCCCUCGCUCCGCCGGCGCUGGGGAUGGGAGCUUUAAUUAGCUAAUUUGGGGAAUUGCAGAUGCAAAUUUGGGUUGAUGGCGUUAUURUUAAUGGGGAAGACGUUACUUCUUGUUAAAGGACAAAUCUAGAAGGUAGGCUAGAGCUUUCUGAUUGCUUUUCUGGGAUYAGCAGCACCAGCCUUACAGAAAACCUACUGAAACACCUGAGCUUUUCCAGUGCUGUGUGAUAGGAAUCUUGGGAUCUCUCGCCAUGUUUCAGUCCCCUUCUUCCUGAGUUACUCAUUAAGCAUCCCACACAGGUUUUCUUACCACAAGGGUGUUAUUUUUCACUGGAAAUACAAAAAUAA